GUCCACAUUUCCUGGCGGCUCUCCAGCCUGCAGGAGCUGAGACAACAAAGUGCAGUCACUGUGAGGGCUGAGCAGAGGCUGCUGAAGGGGAGGAAGCAGCAGGAGCCGCCGAGCAGAGGGGCCGAUCCAGCUCUCAGAUGCUAGGCCUCCUGGGGAGCACGACUCUCGUGGGCUUCAUCGCAGGUGCCGCUGUGGCCGUGCUGCUACUGCUGCUGCUGCUGGCCACCUGCCUGCACGGCGGGCAGCAGGACCGUGACGUGGAGGGGAACCGUCCGGCUGUAAGGAGAAAACGAGUUCGGCGGGCCCGGGCCCGGCCUUGGUUCUUCCUGGGCCGGGGCCACCUGGGACACUUGCACCAUCACCAUCAUCUUGGCCAUGGGCCUCACAUGCACCAUGCGGGCCCCCAUCACCACCACCUCCACCACCACCACAAGGCCCGCUUCCACGCCCACCGAGGCCACCGCUGAUGCCCGUGGAUGGCAGCUACCACCUGCCCUACCAUCUCCAGGAUGAGCGGACCCCCGUGUUCCCGUGCAGAAAGGCACCUCUCUGUGGUGAACCCAGGGGACUGCGCCUGGGUCUUGCUUGGGCUUCAUUUGCAUACGGUGUCCCAAUGAACCACAGAGGCAGAGGACAGAGGAACACCUGAGGUGGCCUUGUGCACGCUGCAGGGUGAGGAGGUUGAGGGCAGGGGUGAUCUUUUGGGAAGGACAUCACCUUGUGACUGUAACUCCCAGCGGGCAUCCAAAGUGCACUGCUGCACUCUGACGCAUGAAAGACGCACCUCGCUCCCUCUGAAGGGCUCCUCCUCUGACACCCUCGGGCUUGGGUAGGGGGCUGGCUGGGGCGGGGCCUGGGAAUGCCCUUUUGUGUGAAGAAGGCAGUAUGAGGCUGCACAGUUAAUUCACUGGUGCCUUAAUACCAAAAACAUAAAAAUAAAAUAAAAACCACCAAGAA